AUGGCAGUUCUGGCUAUUGCAAACAACUUCCAUCAAGCAAACCAAAGGAGUCGAGAUACCCAUGAAAAAAGGUGGCUGAAACCCAAUCCGAGAUUUGUGAAGUUGAAUGUGGAUGCCUCAUUCCAUGUAGAUGAAGGUACUGGAGCAACGGCAGCAGUCAUUCAAGAUGAGAAAGGUAACUUCUUAGCAGCCCAAUGCAAAUACUUAACACAUGUAUCAGAUGUGGUCACCUCUGAAACUCUGGCAAUGAGAAACGGUCUCGCUUUUGCAAACUCUUUUGGUUUCCCUAGAGUAGAAGCAGAAUCAGAUUCGACAACAGUUAUUGAAUACUUCUCAGGCCAAACCAGAUGGUGGGAUGCUGCUGCUGCCAUUUUCGCCGAGUGUGUGGACGUUUCGUCGCUUAUUGGGAAGGUUACAUUUAAGCAUUGUGAUCGUUCAUCGAACCAAGCAGCUCAUGUGCUAGCUAGUCAUAGUUUCUGUAAUAAGAUUAACAGUAGUUGGGUUAAUGAGCCUCCGGCUUAUCUUAUUCCCAAACUUUUGGAUGAUGUAAUUCCUAGUUAA